CUUUAUAAAGAUUAAUAUGAACUGAGCUUUUCAACUAAAAAACAUUACCAAAAAAGAAAAGAUGAAGUUACCACAUGAAAUUGUUGUUGUUGUUUUUCUAGUUCUAUGCAUUUGCAUAGCCGAAUCAGCAGACCCUUUGGGAGAUUUCUGUAACAAAGAGACUGAGAUAAGUAAAGGCAGUAAAAUAUCAUCAAACAUUGACAAUUUGUUGUCUGAAUUGGCUCUCAAAACUCCCUCAACUGGCUUUUUAACUAGCUCCUAUGGUAAAGGCGAAGACCAAGUUUAUGGCUUGGCUCAAUGCAGAGGUGAUGUGAGCACUGAAGACUGCUCAAGUUGUGUCAAAGAUGCUGCUGAUAAGAUCAAAACUCGUUGCCCGAACGAAGCUGAUGCUAGGAUUUGGUAUGACUUUUGCUUCUUAAGGUAUAACAACAAGAGUAGUUUUAUUGGAAAAGUUGACACUUCUUAUGGCAUACUCUAUGCUAAUGUUCAAAAUGUAAGUGAUCCUGAAAAUUUCAAAAAGGAGUUAGGAGCUUUGAUGAAUCAGAUAAGAAAAGAAGCUGUUCAGCCUAAGAAUCGGGGUCUUGGCAAAGGCGAAACACAGCUUUCGCCUUUUGUCACGCUCUAUGCAUUGGUACAAUGCACAAGAGACAUUUCUAGUAUAGAUUGUGCUCAGUGUUUGGCCAUUGCAGUAGAAAACUUUGACCAUUUUUGCAAAAACAAAAAGGGUUGUAGAGUUUUGUAUAGUAGUUGUUAUGUAAGAUAUGAACUCUAUCCAUUUUUCUUUCCUCUUGCUUCAAACAAUACCAAGGUUUUAGAUCAUUCUAUGAUAAACAUGAUGAAGGUGAACCCAUAGAGUUUUGGUAUCUGUAUUUCUGUCUGUCGUAUUAGCUAAAAGAUUUUCCAAAAGGAAAAAUGACAAGACAAAGGUUUUCUAGUUUGUUGUAAUUCUCAUCUUUGAAUUCAAGCACAAUGAAAUAAGACCCCACCAAGUCAUUUUCUUCUCUUUUCUUA